CAGACGGUCCAGGAAGUCUGGACCUUAGAAGGAUUUCAAACCCAAACCUGCUGCCGUUGGUCAGGAUGGAGCUGGAGGUGAAGAUCGAGCUGCUCAAGUUCUGCUUUGGGGUUUUAAACUCCAUUUUCCUGGUUCUGGGUCUGAGCGUUAUGGGUUGCGGAAUCUGGAUCCUCUUUGACACCGGAAACUUCCUCCAGGUUCUCUCCUCCGAGGAGCUUCGUGUGGUGGCAUCAGGCCUGUUUAUGAUCGGCGGCGUGGUGGUGUUGAUCAGCCUCACCGGAUGUGCUGGAGCCACCAUGGAGAAAAGGUUCAUGCUGCUGGUGUACCUGGGAUUCCUCAUUGUUCUGGUUCUGGGUCAGUUGUUUGUGACUUUCCUGCUCCUUUUUAAUAGAAGCAAGAUUGAGAAAAGUUUGACAGAGUCUGUGGAUCAGAUCAUCUUCCAGUACGGGAACAGCAGCGACAGCAGCGGCAGCAGAAUAAUGGACAGCAUUCAGCAUUCGGCGAAGUGCUGUGGCUACAAAGGUCCUGCUGACUGGCUCAACAACAGCUUCAUUAAAACUCUGAACCUGACGAGUCCGGUUGUGGCGCCAUGUUCCUGCUUCAGUUACGUUCAACCCGGUGGUUUCAACUCGUUCUGGUGUUCGGCAAACAGCUCGUUCUCUGGGCUGGGGAUUAAAAAUGGAAGUAAACUUUUUACUCAGAACUGCAUUGAGACGAUCGGUAGUUGGCUGCAGGGGAACUUCCUGACAAUCAUCGCAAUGGAUGCAAUCCUCAUUCUGCUGCAGAUAGCUGAAGUUUCCGUCGCCGCAUAUCUGUUCCGCAUGUUUGGGAAAAAACUUGUGUUAAAGAAAAACAAAGCGCUGCUCGAUCAAAGCCCCGACCCCGAGGACUCCUCCCCUGACAGCGGACUACAGAACCAGGCCUUCGCUGCCAAUGAGGACCCUACAGACCCAAACUACAUACCUGCUGUAGACCCC